AUGGCAGAAAUAAAGAAACGCCUUGCAUUCUCGAUUCUGCAGUUUUUACAGCAGUCAAUUAAGGAUGGAACCAUUAUAGAAGAGGAUAAAAAGGAAGGAAUUGAUGUGGCAGGUACGAACUUCGUGGUGUGUUGCCGUCGUGAUCGCGUCUUCGAAGAUCUGACGAAAGAAUGCAUUUCUUCAGUACAGUGCAUUAGUGAAGCUUUCGACGUAAACCUCGAAGAUCCGGAGCAGAAGGAACUUUAUAGUACAAGAGCUCCAUUGUUAUCAAUUUUCGAAGUGGCAGUAAAAGCGCAGGAACGAGUGUCAAAGCCACAGCAGUCAAGUGCAAGAUCGGUUCCACAAUCUGUGGUUGAAACUAAGAUCGAGCUUAGUGAGGAACAAAAACAAAAAGCUGAAGAGUUGAAAGGAGCUGGUAACCGUAAGGUAGCAGAGAAGGACUAUAAAGCUGCCAUACAACUAUAUGAUGAGGCAAUUUCCAUAAAUGGAAACAAUGCAGUUUAUUAUGCCAAUCGAGCCGCAGCGUAUAGUCAACUGGGUCAGCAUGAUAAAGCUAUAGAAGAUGCUACAAAAUCGUCACAAAUUGACCCAUCUUAUAGCAAAUCAUACAGCAGACUAGGACAUGCUUACUUUUCCAUAGGCAAAUAUAAUGAGGCGGUCGAAGCAUAUGAAAAGGGUCUUUCACUCGAUCCUAACAAUUCUACUAUGAAAUCAGCUCUGGAUGCUGCUAAACAAAGGAUUAACGAGACUAGUGUCGACAAUUUAUCGGAUAGAGGCACUCGUGGUGGAGCACCCGGGACGUCUUUGAUGAACAAUCCCGCUUUGAUGAGUAUGGCAAACCAGAUGAUGCAAAGUGGGGCGCUUAGCGAUAUUAUGAAUAACCCUAAUAUUGCUGAGAUGGCGCAAAAUAUGAUGCGUGGAGGGAAUCCGCCUAAUGUUGAUGAACUCAUGAAUAAUCCGGAGUUAGUGAACUUGGCACGUCAAUUCGCAAACAAUCGAGGUUCUGACGGUAACCCUUCAAACGAAGAAACGCAAUAG